AGGGUGUGCCCAUCAGUGUGCCCCCUUACAUUAGGUGUGCCAAUCAGAGUGUUCUUUUACAUCAGUUGUCCCCAUCAGAGUGCCCCUUUACAUCAGUUGUCCCCAUCAGAGUGCCCCUUUACAUCAGUUGUACCAAUCAGAGUGCCCCUUUACAUCAGCUGUACCCAUCAGAGUGCCCCUUUACAUCAGCUGUACCCAUCAGAGUGCCCCUUUACAUCAGGUAUCCCCAUCACAUUGCCACUUUACAUCAGGUAUUCCCAUCAGAGUGCCCCCUUACACUCAAAGUACCCCUUUCUAUCAUAUCUCCCCAUCAGAGUGCACCAUUACAUCAUAUUCCCCAUCAGAGUGCCCCUUUCCAUCACAUGUGCCCAUUUGUGCCCCCUUAACAUAAAAUGGGCCCGUCAGAGUGCCCCUUAACAUAA